CUGCAAAGCGACGGGGUCCUUGAUGUUCCACAGCGCCAUGUGAGUUGAACUGGGAAGGUGUAGCGAGGACGGGCGAUUAUUGGAACUUUCUUCGUUUUUCCUGCCUUAUGAAACAUUUCCAUUAGCUCCUUGCAACCAGCAAAAUGCUCAGAAAGAAGAUUGAUAAUCGUAUCAGAGUGCUGAUAGAAAAUGGAGUGGCACAGCACCACCGAAAUAUGUUUGUGGUCGUCGGAGAUCAUGGAAGGGAUCAGGUCAUUAUUCUGCAUCACAUGCUGUCAAAGGCCACGGUUAAAGCUAGACCUUCAGUGCUCUGGUGUUAUAAGAAGGAGCUGGGGUUUAGCAGCCACCGAAAGAAGAGAAUGAGGAAACUGCAAAAGAAAAUCAAAUCUGGAACUCUGAACCUGAAGCAAGAUGAUCCCUUUGAGCUGUUCAUAGCUGCCACAAAUAUCCGGUACUGCUACUACAAUGAGACCCAUAAGAUUUUGGGAAACACAUUUGGCAUGUGUGUCUUACAGGACUUUGAAGCCCUGACCCCCAAUCUUUUGGCUCGAACCAUUGAAACAGUUGAAGGAGGUGGAAUUGUGGUCAUUCUUCUCCGAACUGUGAAUUCCCUGAAACAGUUAUACACUAUGACAAUGGAUGUUCACACUCGCUUCAGGACUGAGGCUCACCAAGAUGUGGUUGGACGGUUCAAUGAAAGGUUUAUUCUUUCUUUGGCAUCCUGCAAGAACUGUAUUGUAAUUGAUGACGAGCUCAACAUCCUCCCCAUUUCCAGUCAUAUUGCCAAUAUCAAGCCAGUUCCACCAAAAUCCCAGGAGGAUACCCUGUCACCUCGUGAGUUAGAACUGAAUGAAUUAAAGGAAUCUUUGCAGGACACGCAGCCUGUCGGUGUGUUGGUUGAUUGCUGCAAGACACUUGAUCAGGCAAAAGCUGUACUGAAGUUUAUUGAAGCCAUUUCAGAGAAGACCUUGAGAAGCACUGUGACCCUGACUGCAGCCAGAGGGCGUGGAAAAUCAGCUGCACUUGGGUUAGCCAUUGCUGGAGCGGUUGCUUUUGGCUAUUCCAGUAUCUUUGUAACAUCACCAAGCCCUGACAACUUGCACACUCUGUUUGAGUUCAUCUUCAAAGGCUUUGACGCCUUGCAGUAUCAGGAACAUCUUGACUAUGAAAUCAUCCAGUCUUUAAAUCCAGAGUUUAACAAAGCUGUUAUCCGUGUUAACAUCUUUAAAGAACACAGACAGACAAUACAGUAUAUCCACCCCAGUGAUGCUGUGAAGUUGGGACAGGCAGAAUUAAUGGUGAUUGAUGAAGCUGCAGCUAUUCCUUUGCCACUGGUCAAGAGCUUGCUGGGUCCUUAUUUGGUAUUCAUGGCUUCAACCAUCAAUGGAUAUGAGGGCACAGGACGCUCCCUGUCACAUAAGCUAAUUCAGCAGUUGCGACAACAGAGUUCUGCGAGCCAGGUGAACUUGACAGCUGAAAAUAAAAACACAACAACUGCCCGCCUUUCAUCAGCACGAUCCCUCCAUGAAGUGUCCCUGCAGGAAUCGAUCCGUUACUCUCCUGAUGAUCCGGUGGAGAAGUGGCUCAAUGACCUGCUUUGUCUGGACUGUCUGAAUAUUCCCCGCAUCAUCACAGGCUGCCCACUGCCUCAGAAUUGCGAGCUCUAUUACGUAAACCGUGACACCCUCUUCUGUUAUCAUCGAGCUUCUGAAGCCUUUCUGCAGAAACUGAUGGCUUUGUAUGUUGCUUCACACUAUAAGAACUCUCCCAAUGACCUGCAGAUGCUGUCAGAUGCUCCAGCACAUCAUCUUUUUUGUUUGCUUCCACCAGUCCCUCCAACCCAGAAUUCUUUGCCAGAGGUGUUAGCAGUGCUACAGGUGUGUCUUGAAGGUGAAAUUUCUCGUCAGUCCAUUCUGAACAGUCUUUCUCGAGGAAAGAAGGCUGCUGGUGAUUUAAUUCCAUGGACAGUUUCAGAACAAUUUCAAGAUCCAGAGUUUGGAAGCCUCUCUGGAGGAAGAGUGGUCCGCAUAGCUGUCCAUCCAGACUUUCAAGGGAUGGGCUAUGGCACCAGAGCCUUACAACUUCUCCAGAUGUAUUAUGAAGGGCAGUUCCCAUGUCUUGAAGAGCAGGUCACUCAAACUCCAUCUGAAAUUCCAACCGUGAACAGCGAGGCUGUAAGUUUGCUAGAAGAGGUGUUAUCUCCCCGAAAGAACCUACCACCUUUGCUUCUGAAGCUGAAUGAGCGCCCACCUGAAGACCUGGACUAUCUGGGGGUAUCCUUUGGCCUCACACCUCAGCUACUCAAGUUUUGGAAGCGGUCUGGUUAUACCCCAGUUUACCUGAGACAAACUCCUAAUGACUUGACUGGGGAGCAUUCCUGUAUUAUGCUGAAGGAGCUGAACUCCGAAGAAACGACCAAGCAGGGAAACUGGCUGUCUGCUUACUGGAAAGAUUUCCGCAGGAGAUUCCUGUCUUUGCUGUCCUACCAGUUCAGCACUUUCCACCCAACACUGGCUCUCAAUAUUCUUCAGAACAGGAAUGUAAAGCCAGGACCACAGCCAAGUUUAUCUCGGGCUGAACUGGAUAUCUUCUUCACUCCCUAUGACUUGAAGCGGCUGGAAAUGUACUCUAGGAACAUGGUUGAUUAUCAUCUGAUCAUGGAUUUGAUCCCCACCACAUCACGCCUCUUCUUUUUAAACCAGCUUGGAGAGGUCUCCUUGUCCGUAGCCCAGUCGGCGCUGCUGCUUGGCAUUGGUUUGCAGCACAAGUCCGUCGACAAUCUGGAGAAGGAGAUUGAGCUCCCAAGCAGCCAGCUAAUGGGCCUUUUCAACAGGCUUAUCCGCAAAGUCGUGCAGUUGUUUACAAACAUACAAGAAAAAUCUGUAGAAGAGCAGAUGGUGGCCACCAGGGACAUUGUGAUGGAGCCCACAGUUAAAAGUCUCAAUGAGGAUUUGGAAGAAGCAGCUCAGGAGUUUCAAGAGAAGCACAAGAAGGAAAUGGAGAAGAUUAAAGACCUGAACCUCACAGAGUACAUGAUUCGAGGAGAUGAUGAAGAAUGGAAUCAAGUGUUGAGUAGAGCGGGUCAGAAUGCUGCACUUAUCAGCAUAAAAAGUGACAGGAAAAGACCUCCGGAAAGAACGGAAAAUGGAGAAUCGGCAAAGUUCAAGAAACUCAGGAAAAAGAGCAAAGAGAAGAAGAGCAAAUCCAACAAGUGAGCCGUGCAGGGACGUUCAUCCUCCACGUGUCCGCCUCCUUCUCAGAUUGUCACGCACGUCUCCUGGAGGUGAGGAUGCUGUGCUUCUCGUGUUGAACUUUGGAUCCUUUCACCUGCACAGAUGACCUCCUUCCGGGAAGGACUUGUGUUUUAUUGUGUAAGGCCAGCGUUGACAUUUUGCAGCCGUGUGUAAAAUAUUACAGUGUCCAUUUUUUUUUAUUUAAUUGCAAUGUUUGAAUUAUGCCUCAGACAGAUGGAUUAAAUCCUGCCUUCAUCAUGUUGAUUUGAAUUGA